GCCCACUAGCGUCUCAAAUAGAAUAUCAACAAAAUGAAAGGAAACUGGGGUAUUUUCUGGGCUGGAAGACGAAAAAAAAAUUCCACCAUUGUAGAAAACUCUAAACGGCCACUUAUCAGACGCUCUACUAUGCCUGCACCUUCUUCGUUUGGAGGCUUGCCUGGAGAAAUAUGUGCCAGUUACAAGGCUAUUUCGCUGCUGGGCACAUUUGAUUCACCUCCUACAAACAAUCCCAGUCAUAAAGCAAAUUUAGUUCUGGGUACGUUCGCAGCCGAUACCAAGAAUACAGAAAGCCACAAAGCGAAUGUUCUCCUGGGCGUUGUACGGCCCACUACAUCAAAGAACAAUAAACUGAAGAAAUUUUAUACAUCGCCAGACAAUACUUCGAGUCCGGUAGUGGAGGGAGAGCUCAACACAUCUGAAUUAAAACGAAAAGAUGGGACUCUCGGUGCGUUUAUCACACAUCUGGAGGUUCUCAGCAGCGCGGAAUCACCUGCGAACGUUCCGAAAGGUACGAUACUGCAGAUGAUUGAUGCACUGGGUAAGACCAAAGACGGGGUUGUCGCCGCGUAGAGACUGUGUUGUGCUAUCUCAUCACCACAUCACACGAUAAUCGCAAACCUUUCAGACUAAGAGCUGAUAGAUCGACUCCUGCUGGGUGUUAUGCAGUUACAUUAAUACUAAUAGUCGCUUCGUUGACUUCGUUGGCUUUGCGAACCCGUCCCGGACAGUCGUUACUGACACGGCUUACUUCAUCCUACCCGCUCGAUCCAAAGCUCGUGUGCGCUCUACGGGAACUUCCAAUUCGUGAUCAGUACCGAGUGCAUAGAAAUUUUUUCUGAUGGCAUGUUUUUAGCCAGAAUUGACGCACGAGUUCUUUCCAGCGGUGCGCCGUAUCUUAAUUCGCGUCGUAGCGAUCUCAACUUUCAUGAAGAAUCAAAUUUAUUGAAUAUAAAUAUAAUGUAAAUCACACACGUCAAAUCAAUAUUUCCCAUCCCUUUUGUUUCCCGCCCAGAUGAUUCCAUUCCAACACCCGAGUUG